CGUGUGGAAGGGGGGCCAAGGAUGAAGCUCCUCAUUCUCUUAUCAACUAUAGGCUUAGCCUCAUGUUUUCUCGAGGAUGGAAGGGAAUACGUUUACAAGGAGGAGGGAAUACAAACAGCUGGUACCAUGGACUUCACACCAGCUGCCGCUGGAAUGUCAUGGACUUCCACAGUCAGAUUACAGGUUGGCGAUGACAAAGUGAAUGUUCGAGUUUUUGAUAUUACAUACGCUAAAUACAAUGGACCAUAUCCUACAGACCACUCAGCGUGGGGUAAUGUUAGCUAUGAGAAUGCAGCUGGAUAUUCCUAUGAGUUUGUUGUAAACUACAAUAAGGGAAAGAUUGUUAGCAUUGAAGUGCCCCCGCAGCACCCUGUACACGUCAGAAAUCAGAUCAAGGCACUGGCCUCCAAUCUACAGUUGAGUGAGGAAUCAUCUGAAAAGUCUUAUUUUGAGUCUAUGGAGAAAUCUCUGCAUGGAGAUUGUAACAUCCACUAUACCGUGAACCAGGGCUUUGUAACAAGAUCAGUGUCUCAUUUCUCAGACUGUGCCAAUCGUCCCUACAGGUUUAUUGACAAUUGGAGGGGAUGGAUAUGUGAUGGAAAUCAUGCCAUGGAAGCAAGUCUGAUGGAUGGUCAUUUAAAAGAAGGAAGAUCAAAUCCAGAGCCAAUAUAUUCCAAAUCCGACUCUUAUUAUGUUCUUGGUAUGCGUGACAACAAAGCUGUGGUAGAAAAGAUGGGAACAGAAGCAGGAAUUGGAGCACAGUUUUUUGAAGCAGAAGGUUCAUCUCAUUUUGUUUACACUAAGAGGCAGUUAACACUUCAGGAGGUAAAAGCUUCAGACGGAAGCAUCAAUCCCAAAGGAGGAGAAAAAUUAACUGAGCUUACCUUUGAGAUGGACAACUCAUAUCAUUGGAAUAAAGACAGAGAUCUUCAGGCAUCAGAAAACUACUUUGGUAUUGGUCAAGUCUACAAUGAGCCUCAGAGUGUUUAUGAACAAGCUUUACUGAACACUUUGAGUGAGUUGCAGGGUUCCUUUGGUAUUCAUGAUGCAUCAAAAGAAAUAGAAAAGGCUCAUGAGCAUGGACUGAACAGUGCACUCGCAAUCAUGAUUAAGCUGAAUUACAAAAGUUUAACAAAUGUAUUCAAUAAACUAAGGGCUGACACUUCUGAAGAAGGAGUAAUAAGAAGGAACUUGUUUACAGAAUUUUUAGGAUCUACAGGAACCACAGCUGCAGCUAUGCUAGUUAAGGAUGCUAUAAUUGAGGGUCUAUUUGACAAUGGACGCGAUGCAGCUCGGGCAUUAACAUCUAUUCCAUAUCAUAUCAGGCGUCCCAACACACAGCUUGUAAAGGAACUGGAGUCUUUGUCAGCAGUAGACAAAUAUGACACCCUCAAAAUGGCACUUCCUCUUACCAUUGCUCACUUAGUAAGAAGGACAUGUGACUUGGCUGGUAAACAUAUGGGCUCCCAAGAAAGUAGAGAAUGUCUUUCUCAAUUCAGUGACCAAUAUGCAGACAAAUACUUUAACAUCUUGUCAACCUCAAAUGACCUGGAUGAAAAAUCUCUUGCUUUAUCAUGCCUCAGAAAUUUGAAAUGGGGUAAAGUUUCAGAUGUGUUAAAGCCAUUCAUCUACAAUGCUGAUAAUGAUGAUUCUCUGCGAGCAUCAGCAAUCAUUGCUGCAAUGUAUGGAACAUUUGUAAAGGGAAACACGGCCGCAUAUUAUCUUCCCAUAUUUAUGAACAUGAUGAAUGGACCUGAAACAAGAAUGAAUGCUCUUAUGGUUAUCAGCUAUGGCAAGUUUGACGUAACCCAACUUUCAGCCAUUGUUACCAUGCUUUAUGCAGAACAAAACUUUGAAAUAGCCAACUUUGCUUAUACACUUUUUGAAAUGUAUUCAAAGUCAAUUAGUCCUUGCAAUGCAGAAAAAAAAGAACUGAUGAGUCUUUUUCUUAGACAUAUGAAGCAGGUUGGCACCCAUGACACACAGUAUGGGAUUGGCAUAUCCAAGAUCUGGGCUCAGGAGUUUGAAAAAGAAAAGUAUGGAUAUGGUGGAACUAAUCAGAUGUAUGUUGUGGGCAGUGGAGACUCAGCAUCUCCAUUGAAGAUUGGACUAAGUGUUCAAAACACUCUUUAUGGCAGAUACAUGAGUGAAAUAAUUCGAGUGGAGCUUAGAAUUGAGGGUGUUGCUAGGGCUGCCUUGAAAAAGUUCCAAGAAUUACCUGAAGGUGACUGGAAAAUUGAUGAUUUAGCUAAACUUCUAUCUGGAAUGGGAAUUACUACUAAGAAAGACUCACCAGUUAGAGUUGAAGUUACUCUGUCCCUAAAGAGUAAUGUGAUUAUUCAGAGAAGAUAUGAUGAAAGUGCAACAGAAGAAGGUGGGAGAAUAGCUGAUUUCCUCAAAGAUCUUCAAGAUGCAACAGGAGGCAACUCAUAUAGUAUUAACCACCAGCGUUCAAUCACUCUGGGACAAGGUCUCUAUGAACAACCGACUGAAGUUGGGUUUCCCAUGUUCUUUGGUUCCAUUCUCACUACCAUGGGCUCGGUUCAGGCUACAAUUAAAAAAGGUCUUUCAAGAGGAGUAAUAUUUAGAGAUGUCUCUUUUGACAUUAAUCUUAGGACUCAAGGAAUGAAUAUGAUGGCAUUUAUGGAUUUAGGAAGCAGUAACAUGUUUGAAAUCAAACAAGAUAGAGUAUAUGGUGCACAGUUCCCAAGAAAGUUUGUGGUUGGAGUUAAUCUGAUUAAAAAAGAGUUAAAAGUACAAUUUUCUCAACCAGAAGCUAACCAUCCUCAAUUACUUAUGAUGCAUUCUCAAACGUCAACAGGUGUAGUACCAAUGACCAAAAAAGGCAAUGGACUGCAAACUCAUUGUCCUAAAUGUUUAGACAAAUAUGUUCUUACAAAAAAUAAUGCUAGGUCAAAAUUGAUACAUGAAGAAACAAGCAAAGAAAUGGGAUCAACAACUAAAUUAGAGUAUUUUGACUGUGAAUUAGAUCUAACAGAUGCUAAUGUUGGACUGACCAUAUUUAAUGUUUUUUCUCCCAUGAACAAAAACCCCCAAAAUUUUAUGUCUAGUUUGAUCAUGGGAUUAAGACAAGUAAGAGUUUUUCUUACCUACUUCCCAAAGAAUGAGAAAUGUGGUGCUUACUCUGUAUUUUCCCAGUCAGCUGAAAAUCCUGUCUCUGAGAUUGAAAUAACUAUUCAAGGGAAAAUGAGUGAUCAAGAUUCCCUUUAUAACUAUGUUGGUAAAAAGUUCCUUAUGAAAACUCUUGUUGUUUUCAAAGGAGAGCCAUCAAGUAGAAGCUACAGGUUCAACUUCAAGUAUGAUUUUGCUCCUGGUGCAACCAAAAAUGAGAUAAGGGCCCAAUUUGCCCGUCAGGAUAAUUCAGAUCUUGGAUUGCCUAACUAUUCCGUAUGUUUUUCUGCUGAUAAUCAAUAUCCAGAUCUACCUGAUACCAUGCUCAUUGGAGAUAUAACAGAAAAGCUGAACCUCAAGGGUAAUAUGGUAAUUAAGUAUGGAGAAACAUCAUCCUGUGCAGAUGCUACAGGUUCAAUCAAAGUAGAUUUCAAUCAUGAAACAACAUCAGAAGCUAAAGAAUCAUUAAAAACAACAAGUUACUACCAGAAAUGCAUGGAAGAUACUAGUUCUCCAGCUUGGAAGAAUAGAAAUGGCAUUCCAAUUACCCCGUCUUGUUGGAUGACUGGAAUUGAUUCUGCACUUGCAAGAAAAUAUCAUUGGGAUAUUGGCUUUGAAAGUACAACACCUGAAGUGAGAUCUUUACUUUCUGUUGUUGAAAACCUGUUCAAGACUGUUCUUCUUCCCUAUCUGGAACACAUCCCUGAUACCUUUAAAGCAGUCACCAGCCAAAAUCCCACUGUAAAGCUUGAUGUGGAGUUUAAAAACAGAGAUUCAAGCUGUGAUGUUAAAUUGGAAACAGAAGGGGGAGUUUCUGAGUUUAAGGAUAUUCCUGUCAAGGUUAAUCCUGUUGGAGGGCCUCUGAGAAAUCUAAAAUUUGACAUGUUUGGACCUGCAUUAGUAAAUAAUAAUCUUUUACAUUACUGCAUUUUAACUUCUUCAUCUCUUGUCUCAAUGGAUGGUAAUUCUUUUUCCUACAGCCCUGAAAGUUGCUGGUCUUUAGUAUCUGGACACUGCUCUGAUCGCCCGACCUAUGCUGUAUUUACUAAAAAGGGCACAGGUCUUCCACUUGCAGCAAAGAUCUAUGCUGGUGGUCACAAGAUUGAGUUUAACCCAACCAGCUCUAAAACAAUGAAAGUCACCUUAAACGACAACGCUCUGGAGUUAAAUCCCAAAGAUGAAAAGACCCACACUGAAGGAGGAUCAGAAAUAUUCAAGAUGUAUAACAUCGGUGAAACUUACGUUGUGACAAUCCAAGGAACAACUAUUUUGUAUGAUGGAAAUUUCGUUGAGGUGGUUCCCUCCCUAGCAAUAAAGGGUCGACACUGCGGUGUGUGUGGCAACUACGACGGGAACAAGAAGAAUGAGUUGACCGACAAGAACGGAAACACGAUCUCAUCUGAGCAGCUGGCAUCAAGCUGGUGCAAAUAAACUCAUUUCAAUCAUAGAGUAGAGAUAUUAUAUAGAGAGGAAAAAAAGGCGCAACCUUGGUUUGAAUAUUUUCUUUCAGUCCAGUUCAACAAUGCAUUAAAAUGCGGUAUUUAAACGUUUAACUUCUCUCUAUUUAUGUCGCAACUCUGUGAUUUGAACACUGAAAUCAAAUCUCAAUUUUUAGAUUAAAUUAUUCUAAUUUAUAAUUUUGUAUUAUGAAUUAAAUUAUCAACUAUUUGAAGUCUAGUUAAACACAGGUUUCUUUUUCUAUGGAUCUUUGUAAUUUUUGAAUUUGCCUGAAAGAGUUCAUAUCAUUUGUAAUAAGCAAUCUAUUUUUGUGUUUUUGCACCACAGAAACCGAUUUUCCAUAUUCUAUUUUUAUUUGUCUGUGUAGUGUGUUUUCAAAUAAAUUGUUUAAAUUAUGAUAAUUUUUUCUUAAAUUGAAUGUAAGUUUUAUUUACAAUGACCCUCCUUGCAAAGAUGGCAAUGCCUGAUUUACAACGAUAUUCUUAUAACCUGAAACUGAUCUAAAGUAUUUUUUAAUUUGAAAGUAUUUAUUUCUGAUUAUUUCUACAUUGUUUCUUAAAAACAAGAAAUACGCAAGCAACCUUUCCAGGGACACAAAAAAAAUCUAAAAAUGUAGUUCUAAUUCUUACUUAAUCGGACAAAGUUUUUGUGGGUAUCGUUGUUCAUCGAGCAUUUCCAUUUUUAGCGAAAUUACGUUUACAGUUUAAAUAAUGAUUAAAGUUAUACUUAUUCAAAUGUGUACUGUAAUUCUAUACAAAAUUGACAAAUUACAAUUUACGUAAUAUUA